AAUCCAGAGCCGUCUCCACACACACACACGCACAUAGAGACUCACACACAGUGAAUUUCAGUUUCAGUUCCGGGAUAGAUUUUACAUACAUGGAAAGUUUGAAUGUAUUAUCAUCGUCUUCAACUGCCAAACCCGGAUUAUCUUCUCAACAAAUUCUCAAAAAAUCGACAUUCUUCAGGCCUAUACAACAGACCCUAAUGCCCCGUCAAACUCCCAAUAGGAAAAUCUCCAUUCCCAUUCUGAAGGCCCAGCAGUCUGAAUUGAAAGAUGGAUCAGCCACGGUAUCGGAAUCUAGAAUUUCUGAAGGAGAUGCACUCAAAGUUAAAGAGUGGGAAGUGGGGAUGUUCCAAAAUGAAGUAGCUGCAAGCCAAGGGAUAAGGAUUAGGAGACGGCCUCCAAGUGGACCUCCUCAGCAUUAUGUGGGUCCUUUCGAGUUUCGCUUGCAGAAUGAGGGUAACACCCCGCGAAAUAUUCUCGAAGAAAUUGUAUGGCAGAAGGACGUGGAAGUAUCAAAGAUGAAGGAGAGAAAACCACUUUUUACAUUGAAGAAAGCACUUGACAAUGCUCCACCUGUUCGCGAUUUUAUUGGAGCUCUUAAGGCAGCGAAUUCUCAAACUGGAUUACCUGGUCUGAUUGCUGAAGUGAAAAAGGCCUCUCCAAGUAGAGGAGUUCUUAGAGAAGAUUUUGAUCCCGUUGAGAUUGCUAAAGGUUAUGAAAAAGGUGGGGCAGCAUGCCUAAGUGUAUUGACUGAUCAGAAGUAUUUCCAGGGAAGCUUUGAAAAUUUAGAGGCCAUAAGGAAUUCUGGAGUAAAGUGCCCUCUACUAUGUAAAGAAUUCAUAAUAGAAGCUUGGCAAAUCUACUAUGCUCGAACUAAAGGCGCAGAUGCAGUUCUAUUAAUUGCAGGUGUUUUACCUGAUCUUGACAUCAAAUAUAUGACCAAGAUCUGCAAAUUGCUUGGGUUGGCAGCACUGGUUGAGGUACAUGAUGAGAAAGAGAUGGAUCGUGUCCUCCAAAUAGAUGGGAUUGAACUUGUUGGCAUCAAUAAUCGAGACCUUGAAACAUUUGAGGUUGAUAUUAGCAACACUAAAAAGCUUCUCGAAGGUGAUCAUGGUGAAAGGAUCCGUCAGAAAGGGAUAACAGUUGUUGGGGAAUCUGGACUCUUCACUCCGGAUGAUAUUUCCUAUGUACAAGAAGCUGGUGUUAAAGCUGUGCUGGUUGGAGAGUCGAUUGUUAAACAGAAAGACCCUGCCAAGGGAAUAACUGAACUCUUUGGUAAAGAUAUCUCUUUAUGAUUCUGGAAAGUAGCUUGCCUUUGAAUCAAACACUCCGCUCAUUUCUGUUUGGAUCACAGUUUUGUAUUCAGAGUUACUACUUAUGCAUAAUCUGUUAUGAUGUGCUGAAUGGGUAUUAUUUAGUCUAUAUAUUAUGUACUUAAUGAACUGUCGGAAUCGAUGAAAUUGCUAUGAACUUGAUUAAGGAAAAGGUAGCCUUGUGAAUUUUGUUGACUCCAUAACGAUCCUCAGUUUUAUCCUUUCUGCAUCUCUGUUUGAAAUAUUUUCCUGUUCGAUGGAAUUUAAGAUUAAAACUGAUGAUGUAAGGUUUUGAAACCAAUAUUUCAGUUGUUUGAAUAGUACCAAGGAUUCUUUUUAUUAUC